AUGUCGACGCGAAACUCCAGGAGUUAUAUAAUCCAGGAGAAGACACUGCGAGAUGCAAGCAGCAAGCUGCAUGUAAUCAUUGUUGGAGCGGGAUUAGGCGGACUUGGUGCGGCCAUCUCAACACUUCUUGCCGGACACGAUGUGACAGUCUUAGAAGCUGCCUCCAAUAUCGGGGAAGUUGGCGCCGGCAUUCAAGUUCUCCCCAACGCUGCACGAGUCCUCUUCUCCUGGGGUCUGGAGAAGAAGCUUGAAAAGUACGCUACCAAGCCCCAAAAAUGCAACUUCAUCGGCUGGAAGGGCAACUUUUUGUCCGAUAUGGACUAUCACGCCUACGCAGCGGCCGCCGGGGACUUCCCCUUCUGGGACUUUCAUCGCUCUGAUCUACAUCGGUGCCUCCUUGAGCGGGCAGUUGAGCUUGGCGCGAAACUCGAAACCAACGCCAAAGUCGACACGUUUACAGUUUCUCCAGACAAGGCAACAGCAACGGUCUUCCUCGUCGAUGGGCGCAGCAUGUCUGCAGAUCUUGUUGUAGGAGCGGACGGUAUUAACUCGAAACUGAGGGAAGAGUUUCUUUGCAAGCCAGAUCCUCCCCAACUGACGGGAGACCUUGCCUAUCGACUUCUUCUUAAUACUUCCGACAUGUUGAAAGACCCGGAGCUUCGACACUUUGUGGAGAACCCUCAAGUUAACUACUGGGUCGGUCCAGACAAGCACGCCGUUAAUUACGUGCUCAAGGGCGGCAAGCUGUUCAACAUGGUUCUACUGGUACCAGACGACAUACCGGUAGACGGCGGGAACACCUUGCAAGGUAACAUCGAAGAGAUGCGGGGUCACUUUGAGGGAUGGGACCCAAGAAUUGGCAAGAUGUUGAAGAUGUGUGACGAGGUCCUCAAAUGGCGCCUCUGCAUUCGGCCUGGUCUUGAACCGACUUGGUCGCACUCCUCUGGCGCUUUCACCAUGCUUGGAGACGCUGUGCACGCGACUCUGCCGUAUCUUGCCAGUGGGGCAGGAAUGGCGCUCGAGGACGGUGGGGUCCUUGGCUUGUGUCUUGCUCGACUCACCGACAAGUCGCCGUCAUCAAAGCAGAAGGCCCUGAAGAUCUACGAAGAUUGUCGAAGAGAGAGAACGGAGAGAGUUGUUCGCCGUGGCACCUACAACCAAUGGAUGUAUCACCUUCACGACGGUCAGGAACAGGUUGAGCGGGAUGAAAAGUUUAAGAACUUUGCAGAAAUGGAUGAGAAGUGGUUGAGUGAAGACUCUCCUAUUUUGCCUGACUCGCAGGAAACCGGGGAAGACCCAUUCCCUUGGAGAUAUCAUGGCGUAGGAAGGUGGCUGUUGACGUAUGAUAUGUGGAAGGACAUCGAGUCGAAAUGGCCAUCACCAACCUCAGCUUACAGUCACCAAACUCCUCGUGCGAGUCUAUAG